AUGUCUUCAUGCCCUAUCCUCGCUAAGCGCGAAUACGUUACACGACACGACAGAGUUGCCAAGAUCUUGCACCACUCAAUCUGCACAGAUUUCGAUAUUGACGUUAAACAGCGUUGGUAUGAGCAUGAACCUCAGCAGGUUGUAACUGCAACUAACGUCACCAUUCCUUGGAAUCAGCCUAUAAUAACAGACCGAACAAUUGCUGCCAACAAACCGGACAUCGUUAUCAAAUACCAUAAAACGGCUCGGAAGCACUCUGGUCCUGUAUUACCGCCUCGGUGGUUGGAAAUUGCUGUCGCCGUCGACCAUACGGUAAUAGCCUUCCAUGGAAAGGAUAAAGUGGAGCAAUACGUUCUCUCUCUACUGAAUAUUAUAGACCGCGCAGUUGCCGUUGAUGCGGGAAUCAGGAUUUUGCCGAAAACUGAGGAUAACUACUACAGGAUCGUUCGUCUGUUCAGGGAGAAAGACGUGCCCUAUCGUACGUUCCCUCUUCCUUCAGAACGAAAUAUUCACGCGGUAGUCGGAGGUACACCCGCAAUGUUUUCGGAACAGCAGAUCAAAGGGGAAUUAGAACAGAUGGGACAUACUCCUCUCCACAUUAUCCGACUCAAACGCAGUGGCGGCGCACCCAUGCCUUUGGUGGUCGUGAUACUGCCUCAGAUUGAAAAGUCCCAGCAGCUGUUCAACAAUCAUGAGCUGCGGGAUGUAGCAAUCUAG